UUUUCUCUGAGAAGUAGAGAUUCUUUGCAGCUCUGUAGACGCAGACGUCACUCCAAACCGAAAGCAAAGAACAAGCGAAGCCGGUGCCCUAGUCAAGCGAAGAUGGCGUCGCUCGACACCGACGUGAAUAUGGUUCCCGCCGGGGAGGGCUCUUCCGGGGCCGGACCUUCCAAUCCGACGACGUCCGCCAAGAAAGCGAAGCGAUUUGAGAUCAAGAAGUGGAACGCCGUCGCUCUCUGGGCUUGGGAUAUUGUGGUGGACAAUUGUGCUAUUUGCAGGAAUCAUAUUAUGGAUCUCUGUAUUGAGUGUCAGGCUAAUCAAGCCAGUGCCACGAGCGAAGAAUGCACGGUUGCGUGGGGUGUUUGCAACCAUGCCUUCCACUUCCACUGCAUUAGCAGAUGGCUCAAGACCCGUCAAGUCUGCCCUCUGGAUAACAGCGAGUGGGAGUUUCAGAAGUAUGGUCACUAGGGCCCUGCUGGUAUUGUCCUGAGGUAUAUUCUUAUUCUGCAUCAGAAGAUUGGAAUCAACCUGGGAUUUUCAGAAGUAUGAUCACUAGUCGCAGUUGAACAGAUCGGAACUGCUUCAAUGCUUCGCUGCAAUCAUUUAGUUUUCGUUGUAGCAAAUUUAGGAAACCUAGAUUUGUUGGAGGGUGUUAUAUGUAUAUUUUAAGAUUUGAGAUCGUUGUGCAUGAUUGUGAUAUCUAUGCUUGUCGUUAAUGAUGUUUCGGUUACUCCAGCUAAAGCGAAAACGGUGUGAUUAUCCUAUCAAGACCUGGGUUAAACUUGCUGCUCCCGUGAUUCUUGCCCACCUCUCAGAAUGUUUGCUUUCAUAACAUUGGGUGUUUAUAUUGGGACUACGUCUCCACUUCA